AUGUCUUCUUACAAGAUCCCUACUGAGCAAUGGGCUCAAGUCAUCGACAAGGCCGGCGGCCCCCUUCAAUAUAAGAAAAUUCCAGUUGCGAAGCCCGGCCCAGAGGAGGUGCUCGUCAACAUCAAAUACUCUGGCGUCUGCCAUACCGACCUCCACGCUGCCAAUGGCGACUGGCCCAUCCCAACCAAACUGCCUUUGGUGGGUGGUCACGAAGGUGCUGGCAUUGUCGUGGCCCGUGGUGAACUCGUUACCGAUGAUAUCUGCAAGAUUGGUGAGGCCGUUGGUGUGAAAUGGCUGAACGACUCUUGCUUGUCCUGCACAUUUUGCAUGCAAGCCGAUGAACCUCUCUGCCUGACCCCCAAACUCUCCGGCUACACCGUCGACGGUUCCUUCCAGCAAUACUGCAUUGCUUCUGCAAGACACGUUGCUCACAUCCCCGAAGGUAUUCCUCUCGACGAAAUCUCUCCAGUUCUUUGCGCAGGUAUCACUGUCUACAAGGGUUUGAAAGAAUCAGGGGCCAGACCAGGCCAGACCGUUGCCAUUGUUGGCGCUGGUGGCGGGUUGGGCUCUCUGGCACAACAGUAUGCCAAAGCGAUGGGAUUGCACACUAUUGCAAUUGACACUGGAGAUGAUAAGAAAGUUCUUUGCCAGAAGAUGGGCUCAGAAAUCUUCAUCGACUUCGCUAAAUCCAGCGAUAUUAUUAAGGAUGUCAAGGCUGCCACCAAGGAUGGUCUCGGCCCACACGCGGUUAUCCUCGUCGCUGUGAGCGAAAAGCCUUUCCAACAGGCGGCUGAAUACGUUCGCCCCCGAGGAACCGUCAUUGUGAUUGGUCUUCCAGCCAAGGCCUACAUUCGUGCCCCGGUUUUCGAGUCCGUGCUGAAGAUGAUCAGAAUCCAGGCCUCUUAUGUCGGUAACCGACAAGACAGUGAAGAGGCAUUGGACUUCUUCGCUCGUGGAUUGAUCAAGGUGCCAUUCAAGACGGUGGACUUGAAAGAUCUUCCCAAGGUUUACGAGAUGAUGCACGCCGGCCAAGUCGCAGGACGAUAUGUGCUGAAGAUGCCAGACCCAGAAUGA